AUGCAAUCAACAGUCCCCAGACGUGCGUCAACGCUCAAUUCCGCAGUACCGUUGUCUCUCGUAGGUUAUACGGCGGAACUCUACUCGGACUCGCGCAAGUACGGAUACCAGGGACCAGUGAGAAAUGUCCGCUUGCACCGUGCAACAACCAAUGGUGGAGGGACGAUAGCGAAGAGUGACGAUGGUUUAAGAUGCGUUGUUGCAGGACGAGAAUCCCUGCGCAUCUUGCGUCUGUCUGAUCCAGAAGAUGUCAUGAAUAAUGACUACAAAGCCUCUAUUGGUCGCGGUGGGCAUCGUAUUGAAGCGUCGCGGAACAUAUGGGAUGGAAGUGGCUUGAAGAUUGAUAGUGCAAUUACUGAUGUUGCCUGGUGCCAUGGCAGUAAGCAGCUACAAAUAGUACAAUGUUUUAACAACAAGAUUCUUACAAGCGCGCGGAAUGGGGAUCUCAUUAUGUGGGACCUCAACAAGGCUGGCAAUGCCAAGUACGAAAGGAAGACGAAGUUCCAUAUCCGUUCGAUCCACAAGUUAUCCUGCUCCACUAUAGUUCCGUACUACUGUGUUACAGGUUCUGCUGAUGGUGAUAUGCGUGUCUGGGAUCUUCGGGACAUGUCGAAGUCCAUCAUAAAGAUCCACCAUCCAACCUCCGUUCGCUCUCUUGUCUUCUCACCAUGUCUAUCCCAUCCCCUUCAAGCUGUUGUAGGUCUUGAUAACGGAUCAAUCUAUCGCUGGGAUCUUCAAAUGGGCCAGAGGGGCCAACUUGACAGGUUACCUGUAGCCCAUGCAGGUCCAAUUCUCGCAUUGGACUGGUGUAACACUCCAGGUUCUAGUAAUGUUGGUGAUAAUAUUGGUGCUGAUAGGAGCUGGAUAGUCAGCGGAGGUUUGGACCACACUGUCAAAGUCUGGGACCUCACCACAUCUGGCACAUCCGUUCAUAUUGCGCAUCAGCCUACCUAUACCCUACAUCCGUCAUUCCCUGUACGCCGAGUACUCUGGCGUCCUGAGUUCCCCUCCGAGAUUGCACUUGUGUCCAAUGAGGACUUUGGCGGAGGGAGUGGCAGCGAGCUAUUAGCUAGCCCUCGAUUACAGUUCGCAACUCCAGCUUUUAUUAAUGCCUCCAGUUCUGUCACUAAAGACAAGGAACCCAAAGGUAACGGUGCCGAUGCCGUAGAAAUAUGGGAUGUAAGACGCGGCUGGAUUGCUAAGUGGACUGUUGAAGCGAGCUCGUCGGAAGGGGGAGUGACCGAUGCCAUAUUCCGCGACUCGCAUGCACUUUGGGUCCAGCAUGCAUCUGGAACAUUUGCUCAAGUUGACUUACGUAGGUCUGUACGCCCUAUUGAUGCCAUUCCGCGUGUGGCGCUCGCUUGGAAUGUUGGUGUCGAUGGGGAUACCGACGGAACAUUAGCUUUUGUCUCAGACAGGAGAACCAGAUGGGAAGUACCCUACGAUGAUAUGUCCCCCGACAAACGACACAUACUUCUUGAACGAAAGCUCAAACCCAAAUGCCUUGGCGACAAGCCUCGCAUGCCUGUUCUACAGACUAUGGGUACGUAUGUACGUGGAGGACUUCGUAACACGGAAUCUGGAGGAUUAUUUGAGCAUCUGGCAAGAAAGUACCUUAUUGAGUCUGACGGGAGGAAUAGGGCAGCCGUUUGCAAGGUUAAUACCGAGGCAUCUAUUCAAGGGGGAAGUGUGCACGCAGCACAAGUAUGGCUGCUGCUUGGCUCUCUGCUUACCGACGUCAUUCCAGAGUACAUUAGACCUUCACCUCAUUCGGAGAAGAACCAUCAGAUUGUCGUGCACCUUACGCACUCUAAUUCAGCCCCUGCUGCUAUCCCUACAAUUGGUACAAGAUCUGGAUCACAUGCCUCAGGAUCCGCCUCGAAACCCGCCUCACACCGUGCUGCCUCGUCAGAUUCUGUCUCCAAGAUGAUUCAACAGACACGCCCCACUCCCACUUCCCCGCUCAGCCACCGAGACGGCUCGCCCACAACUAAACCACCCCCUAAUUCACGAAACUUGACGCCUACGUCGUCUACAUCCUCAUCGCCUCGCCACAUUCCCACUUCCCUUCCGCCAGCGCCAGCACUCCCGCCUUCGGCAAUCAUGACGCCUGCUACACCUCGCCGUCCAUCAGUUCUGAUUUCCACCGCGGCACAGGGACAGGGACAUGCGCGGCGGCCGUCUGUGUAUAACCGUGCGUCUGCAGCCCACAGUGAGAGCCCUAGCACACCUAGUAUCAGUGUGAGCGACCGAAGCCUCCGCCAUGUAGGUGAAGGCGCCCUGGAUGACUCGGAUUCGUCAGAUGGCAGUGAGAACUGCGUAGUAGUGAGCGCCGAUGCCCAGGAUAGCCAUAGUGAAAACGAGAGAGAUGUACCACCCGAUAUCCGACGUCCCAUAAUGUUGAAGUCGAGGAGUCUUAGCAUGGGCCGCACAGGCCCGGCGCAUCCCAGCCCACUCUCCAGACUCGCUGGGCAACGUUGGACGGAGGAUGAGGAUGAUGGUGGUAAGGAGCAUGAGGACAACGAGGCUAGUCCGUCACCUGGAUCAACUGAUACUGACGGCGAAGGGCAUAGCGGCCGUGAUUCGGAGUGCAGUACCAGACCACAGAAGGUCAGGGUAAAAGCAGCUUCCGUGACGAAAACACGCCUCAGAAAGAACUCGACCGCCAAGCGACUGAAGAGUCGCACGCGGAGUGCCACCGUCGCUGUUCUUGCUGCAUCACUGCCAUCUCCUGCACAGUCAGCGUCCGAGAGUUCUCACUUGGUGAAGCAGGCGAGCCACAGUAGCAUUCGUACAGUUACUGCUGGAUCUGUCCGCGAACAGGAGCAAAGUACUGGGCUCAUACAUCAUGAUGAGGAUGCCUCGCGAGCGGAUGCGGAGUCGGAUGAUUACCAAGCCUGGCGUGGUAUGACUGAAUCUCGACGUCGUGCUGUGAUGGAAGAAGAAGCUCAGCUUCGCGAGGCAGCAUGGCACGCACUUAGGGAGGCAGUUGAAGAAUUCGCAGAAGCAGGCGAUGUUCAGAUGUGUGCUAUGCUAGCGCUCAUUGCAGCGAAGGAACUGGGGAUCAGCCAGAGGAGAGGUUUGCAAUUCUUAGAGGCAUAUAUCGAACUACUCACUCGUCUCCGACUGCACACCUGUGCCGCGUACUUGCGUAAAUGCGGCGAUUUCGAGGACGUUUCAAAUACCACUAAGCUUGAAACCAUCAUUUAUACUGCCUGUGGACGUUGUCGAAAACCCAUUCUUCUUUCACGCGCUCGAACAGUGACUGGAGCUCACGCAUUCUGUACGACAUGCAAAAGCGCGGUUGUGAAGUGUUCGAUAUGUCAUCUUCCCGUCCGCACACUGCUUUUCCAAUGUUCUGUUUGCACGCAUGGUGGUCACCAGGAGUGCUAUAGGCGAUAUCACAUGGGGCGUCCAAUGGUCGAUAUCCCAACCUCUUUAUCAGCGCGAGGGCGUUCGCUGAUCAGAGAACGCGAUGAUGAUGGGGAGGAGGGAGAGGAAGUUACCUGCUCUGAGAGUCGGGGGGAGAGGACACUGGCGGGCCAUCCGUGUGCAGCCGGAUGCGGGCAUUACUGUUGGGCAACUGUGGGCGGGCAUCUAGGCGCAGAGGAAGCUUCAUGACCAGUCAAAUUGGUUUGACUCCGCAUGGCUGGUUUUGUCGUCGUAAAUUUGGAUAUCUUGGUGGUGAAUAUCGAACGCAGCGGACUGUGUACGCUUUUCUGCGAUUAAUAGUUUGCAUUGAAGGUAGGGAAGAACAGGCGAGGUUGAUGUUCUUCUCGCGUGAGGCUUCAGUUCCUUGAGCAUCCAUCCAAACGUUUCGUCACGACCAAACGCAAUUCCCCCAGCGUCACUAAGUCGAGAAUUUACAAUUUCGGAUUUGCAGUGUGCGCUCGUGUUAUGAUAUACGAUACGAGUACAAAUAAAUACAAGUGAUGUCGAGGUAACUGUACAAA